CAGUCGGUCGCAGCUGCCAAAGGGCUCGCGAAGUGGAGCAAGUAAGCGAAGCGAUUUGCGGACUCUUUUAACAGCAUAACAGAAUAUCUCCUUUUAAAAAAAAUUAUUCUUUGAUCAUCUGGGUCAAGUUAGGAUAACGCCGUUGACGAUCGCCAUUUCACCAACGAUAUUAAAAUUUCAAGACCUUUCAAACUUUUUCAAAAAGUGCCUGAAACUUUUCCAAGAGAAUUCUCUGAAACUUUUUUUUCUUUUUGCUCUAGCCGUUUGCUCAAACUCUAUUAUUUCUUGCUGGGUCCCAUGCAGGAGAAUAAACCAUGGUUUACCAAAAUUUCAUCCUGAACGAUUAAAUUCUCAGAGAAAAAUAUGUUUGUCUAUAUGAAACCUACAGUACCUUCCAAAGAAAUCUAAAUUUCUGGUGACAAUUUUUGUUAUUUAAGAUUACCAAAUAAAACAUUACGAGAAACAGCAGAGAAAUUUGAAGCUGCUACAACAGCCAGGUCUGCAUUUAAGAAGCAGACUCCAGGGUUACUCGAGUAUCAACCUUUAAUUGGUCAAUGCCUGACGAGGUUCUUGGCUGUUCAGGUACUACUGGCUGGAAGUGUCUUGGACGCCGUAUCCUUGGCCUAAUGGCGGUUAAUCUCCUAAUGCCUCUGCUUAUCCCCCUCGGGGAACAGAUCACAAAUGUCACACACCUAAGUAACGUGGGAAACCUGGCCUUCCAGCAGCCAUGGAUGGAGGUUUUCGUCAAAGAAAACACAGCACCUGCUCUACUACUUACCCUUCAUGCCUCAACUAAUUCUAGCACUAAGAGUGUAUUUUACAGCAUAGUGAGUGGAGGCUUAAAUGGCCUUUUCGUGGUCGAUCCACAUUCUGGUCAUCUCACCUUAGCGGCGCCUCUUGACUACGAAACAAAGAACUCAUACGAGUUGAUAGUAGGGGCGAUCUGCGGGGAAGAACGAGCGUUUGCUCAGGUCGUGGUGAAGGUCAGGGAUUUGAAUGACCUUCCGCCGACUUUCCCUCGGCCGCUGUUCGAGACCCAAAUCACAGAGGAGGAUGAUCGCCAUCUUCCUAAACCCAUUCUUCAGGUUGCAGCCAAUGAUGGUGAUGUCAGCGACACAAACCGACUGCAGUAUAGCCUGCACAUAGAGGAUUCACCUGAAUCUACUGACAUAUUCACUAUCACAAACAACACAGGGCACUUAUACCUUUUGAAAGCGUUGAAUCGUGAUGCCCCAGAUGGCAGACCGAGAUGGCAUCUGAGGGUUACUGUCACGGACGGACUCCACACAGCCCAGGCUCUUAUCCAUGUCAACGUCAAGGACAUCAAUGAUAACUCACCAUACUUUCCCCAUGACACCAUCAAUGCCACUGUCAUGGAGAACUCUCGGACGGGAGUGGAGAUCCUGCGAGUGACGGCCCUUGACAACGACGACCCGGAGGAAGGGACCAACGCCGUCCUGUCGUAUUUCGUGGAGAAGAACGUCAUAGACGAACACUCGGGUCAGCACAUUUUCAACAUAGAGUCGCAAAGUGGCAGAUUAUUUACAGCACAGUGUUGCCUUGAUAGAGAGAGAACACCGUUUUAUGCCAUCCAGGUUGUAGCAGCCGACGGAGGAGGACUCAAGGGGACGGGAACAGUGGUGGUGUCCAUUGGUGACCAGAACGAUGUGCCUCCCAGAUUCUCCCGUUCGGAGUGGCUCCUAACUAUUCACGAGAGUCCGUUGAACACAACCCUGGCCCUCCUGACCGUGGAAGACCCGGACAUCACCAACGAGUUCGCCUUCCGGAUCGUUCCCGGAAGUGGUUACGGAUGGGAGAGGUUUCACGUCGUGCCCGUCGGGGAUGGCAGCGGUCUGCAGAUUCUGAGGAAACUCGAUUUCGAAGAUCCUAAGCAGAGACGAGGAUUCAAAUUCAAGGUGCAAGUUACAGAUAAGGGUGAGAAAGGUUGGGAUGACGACUCCCACCGAGCAGAGACGUGGGUGAUCGUGGAGGUCGUCGACGACAACGACAAUCCUCCUCGUUUUUCGACGCGGCACAUCAAUCUGACUCUUCCGGAGGACACCCCAGCGGGCUUGUCUCUCACGACGCUUUCGGCUUCUGAUGCAGACAAGGGGCUCGCAGGUAACAUUCACUACACGGUAGACACCACCAGCGACCCUGGCCGGCAGUUUGCAGUCGACAGCAAAGGCGUGGUCCGUUUGAGAAGGCCGCUGGACCGCGAGAAGUCAGCGCUCCAUCUGGUGAGGAUCUUGGCAGUGGACGAAGGCCAGCCGCCUCUAACUGCCACUUCGUCCGUGUUGAUCACAGUCACAGACAUCAAUGACAAUCCCCCUCGUGUGGCUAAUCCCGACGCCAUAUUCGUGCCCGAGAACAAUAACGGUCCAAUGCACGUAGCUAGCUUGGAGCUGGAUGAUGACGACGACUGGUCCUUAGGGCACGGGCCACCUUUCACCGUCAGUCUUGACAAAAACUCUCCCAAAGACAUCAAAGAAUCCUUCAGCGUUAAAUUUAAUAAUAGAGGUCACGAAAAGGGCGGUAUAGUAGUAGUGACAUCACUGAAGCCUCUAGACCGGGAGGUUUCUCCACUGCGGUUAGUUCCUCUUGUGAUGGCGGACGCUGAAGGCCUAACCACCACUGCAACGAUUACCGUGACAGUUGGUGACGUCAACGAUAACCCUAUGAGGCCUGCUGCGAAAGUGAUUACUGUGAAGAAGUUCGUGGAUGGAAGCGGGAUGAUGAUGAUUGGUCGGGUGUAUGUGGACGACCCGGACGACUGGGAUGGAGGGCAGAAGAUCUGGACCUGGAAGAACCGCAUUCGCCACCACCUCUUCUCUUUGGAGGAAAAUACAGGCCGUCUGUCCAUGCACGCUAACACACCGAUGGAAGGUAAACAUGGAAAUACGUACCUGCUGCAGUUUCUGGUAAGUGACCCAGUCCACAAACAAGUUGAUGUACCGGCAAAUGUCACGGUAAAUGUAGCCAGUUAUAGUCGGGACAUCGUUAACUGUGCAGUGCCAAUCACCAUCACGACUCACACGCCGAUUGGACUCAUCGCAAAAGAUCAGCCAACAACCAGAUCUCCCAUCGAGAAGCUUACGGCAUCUGUGGAAUCCGUCGCGAACGUGGACGUGGAGGCUCUCUCCCUAGAAGCAAAGUCCAUCCAGUUACCGAACGCAAUCAGAGCUGGCACGCGCGUGUGGCUCACAUCGCGUCUCAUGAAUCCUCUGGAUCAGCUGUUAUUACUUCAUCGCCUUCAGAUUUCAAACGAAUCCGGAGUGGGAAUUGUAGACGUCGGAGUGGGCGUGUGCGUCUCUAUCCCCCCCUCCCCAGCCCCCGCGAAAGUCGACUACAUGUGGGUCGUGGAUGCCAAUUCAACCGCUUUAGUCACUCCUCGUCUAGUGACCUUUAAUAGCGGCUGCAGCUGUCAGACGAAGCCGGAAUUCCUCCAUCAUCAUCAUCACCACCAUUCUUACUAUUAUCAGCACCAUUCGAAGUCUGCUUCCACGAACUCGAGUCAAGCUCACAUGCCAAAUGUUGCCGCCGUUACCCAUUCAUCCUUUUGCCUCCCCAAUCCCUGCCUCAAUGGAGGGAGAUGCAUACCAAGUACUCCAACGCCCAGAUGUGUUUGCCCCGAGGGCACCACUGGCUCGGUUUGCAAACAGCUGAGUCGAAAUUUCGCUGGGAAGGGAUGGAUAUGGGUAGUGCCCAUCCCCGCAGUUAGCCAAGUCCACAUUAGCAUCGAAUUCAAGACCACACGAAAAGAAUGCCUCCUGCUGUACGCAGGGCCCCGUGACGAUCAAAAUCGGCACAUGCAGGAAGAUGUGCUGAGCCUUGAACUGAGGGAUGGUCGCCCUCGAAUGUUACUCGAUCUCGGCACCGGUCCCGUCUCCCUGAGUCUCUCCGACGGCCAAGCCAUGAACGACGGUCGCUGGCACAGGCUGGAUGUCUUCUGGCGGAACCAGAAAGCCGAACUCGUAAGCGACUUGUGUCAAUUCGAAAAAGCAGAGUUCUGCCAAGUCAAGGUUCCUCUUCCUUCUGGGUCGGAAGUUCUAGAUGUCGGGGCGCCCCUGCAUGUUGGGGGCCUAACGCACCCUCCCCCACACUACCAAGACUACAGCUGGCCUCAUCCCAUUACAAGUAUAUCCUUCGCAGGAUGCUUGAGAAAUCUUCGGGUCAACGGUGAGCUCCGAGACUUAGGAGAAGGCGUUCUAGGCGAGGACAGCCACCCAGGUUGUCCCAAGGGUGAUCAGUGCCAAGAGAAAGGAAACCCUUGUCCUCUAAAUGCAAGAUGUGUGACCAACGAAUCCGGCGAGUCCGUUUGCGAGUGCAAUCUGGGCUGGACAACAAGCUCUUGCAACCAGAAAACCAAACCGGCGUCGUUCAAUGCAAACAGUUAUGUCAGAGUUGCAUUAUCUUCCACUCCAGCCCCAAACACCACAACGCUUCGUUUGCGGUUUCGCACUUGGGAGCAGUUUGGCCAAAUGCUAGCAGUGUCCUCACAACACGGGAAAGACGCUUUGACACUCCAGCUAGUCAAAGGACGGCUCUGCGUUCAGCUUUUACUCCAUCCAAAAGCAAUCAAGCUCCUCUGCCUUCAGAAGGCUCAUCUUAAUGACGGACAAUGGCACAGCGUCAGGGUUGACAGAUUCGGUGAAUGGAUGGAGCUGAGAGUGGACGACGGAGAUGGACCACUGUACAACUCGACCGUCACUCCGGCGACGAAACGUGAGUGGCUUACUCAACUCCGAAUAGAUCGUCAAGAGGGAAUUCACGUCGGUGGAUCUCCAGAUUACAUUGGAGUCUCUUCCAUCUAUACGGUGCUCCGGGAUUUUCAUAAUGGGUGUUUGGAUGACCUACGCAUUUCCGGUUGGAGUCUUCCAUUACCUCCUUUAGAGAACAACACUGAAUGGGCACAGGCGACCAUGUUUGCAAAUAUACACGAAGGGUGCCACGGGGGAGUGGAUGUCUGUGCCAAUGUUUCCUGCCCUAACCCUUUCACCUGCAUUGACCUCUGGAGACGGCAUCAUUGUGGGUGUGACGAGGGAACUGCAUUAUCUCAGGAGGGAGACUUUUGCCGGGACAUCAAUGAGUGCCUCGGAAAUCCUUGCCUUAAUGGUGGCACUUGCAUCAACCGUGAUCCGGGAUAUUUUUGCGAAUGCCCAGAUUCCCAUAUUGGGGACCAUUGUGAAGGGCGGGCACUGCCGGUCCCUUCACUGGCUACUUCAGUCGGCAUUUUCAUCAUCAUUAUCUCGUGGACGCUACUUUUUUUGGCAAUAGGUGUCGCUAUUUGGAUUUUGAGGAGGCGUUGUCAGCAGAGGAAAUCUGACAGGAGAUCGAGUUCGACGGGAACAUCUCUCGAUCAGACGGACGUUGAGGAGACUCAGUCUGAAAGAAUAACGAUAGCAAAGAUUAUCAGUCUCAAUGGAAAGUUUGCGUCCAAAUCCUGCAAAACUACCGUCGACGUGGAUGUCCUGAGUGGAUCCAGAGAGAGUGGAGGAGGCUUAGGGAAAGGAUGCGAGUGCUCUCACCGAGAUCCUUCCGAUAGCGCGCUGUAUGGUAAAAAGGCAGCCGUCGGCGACAGCAAAACUUCCGAUAAAGUCUGCGGGUGUCACCAUCUCUCUUCAGCCGACGAUCUCCGUUAUUAUGCUUAUGAGGGAGAAGGAAGUUCUCCCGGAUCACUUUCGUCCUGCUGUUCGGGAGGCGACGGCGACGGAGACCAAGGUUUUCUAGCCGGAUUCCAAGACGUCGCUUCCUUGUUAAACUGCCUCAGUGCUCAGCCAAUGCCUCAGUCUCCAACGCUACGCCAGAAAGGUCUUUCUAGCAAUGGAUCGAGUCAGGAGUUGUCACAAAGACCCUCGUCCUCGUCGUUCCUUCCUGCUUCCAAGCGGAAAAACUCGUCGCUUCACAGUGUCACGACAGACAUCAGCCAGUGUGUCCCUGACAUCACGGCUUCAGUCAUUCACACGGCUGACGUCAUCGUCAGCCAGAAGGGUCAGCAAAAACGCGAAAUUGGCGUGAUCCCGAGGAGAUCCAAUAACUCAAGUUUCUUCGACGAUAAAAGCUGUGACGUUCACGGGGAAAACUUUGACACUGGGUCGAAAAGCAGUCAACACAAGCGAUGUAAUUCUCUGCCGAGGUGCAGAGUCCCGGCGAUAUUCGUGAAUAAUCUUCACGGUGAAGGCAUAGAUCCCUCGAGGUACAGUGUGCGCGGUUAUCAUUAUUCCUUGGACAGACGUAAAGCAACUGCACAAGGGUACGGGGCGCGCAGGAUGUCCUCCGACGAACUCGACGGCAGUCAGAGGAAAGAGAAGUGCAGCGCAUGCGUCAAGGUGUUGCUGCAACAACGCGAGAGCGUUUUCGGUAGCACCCACUUCAAAAGCUUCUCCACUUCCACGGUGUCCUUCCUCUCUUACAGUGGCGACUGCAGUCAAAUUGUUCCCGAAGUGGAGAGUACUUUCCCCGCCUCUUGCCCUUUGCACGGAUGUUCCUCGUCCUUGAAAAAGAAACACCAAAGCGCGCUACAAACCGCGACAACAAGUACCUAAUGAGUUUAUGGAAAGCUUCUUGGGAAAUGAGUGAAUGAACAUAAGUGGAUGAACGCACGUGCUUGCUCUGAGUGUUGGAGUUUCAUAAGCAUACAGAUCAAGUUGGUUAGCGAAAGAAUCUUCCAUAUUUUCUGUUUUAAUGUAUUACCAUGUGUGAAUGUUAGCAGUGAAGCAAAAACACCACUCGUGAGGUCUGGCAACACGCAUUUGGAAAAUGGGAAAUCCUGUUAGGUUCUAGCCUUAAGGUCUGUAAUAAGAGAAAUGUUUGUACUUUUAUAGAUAUGCUACAAUAACGAAGGUGUUCAUCUCAGUAAAUGUGAUUUACCUUUGUAUAGGAUCU